CUUAGCAAGUUAGCAUGUAAUCCCAAAUCCAAAAUCAGAUGGGUGGCUAACGAUAUCCCAUACGCCACUGUAGCGAUCAUCGUCCCGCGUGGUUCCUCGAUACUUCAAGCUGAGCUCGUCCCGCUUAUGGUGGGCUUACCUUCUCCCUGUCCGCUCUCAGUUCUUAAUGGCUCUGGCGGCCCUAUGCUCCCCUUGCUUAACAAGCAUCGGGAACGCAAGAUCUCCUGCCAAUUCCUUUCGGAGUUAUCCACCCUUUUCUCUCUUUGUUCCUCUCCGCCAUCGCCGACUCGCAGUCCACUCUAAAAAAACCCAAAGCCUCAAGGCUUCAUCUUCUUCCUCCAUCUCCAGUGCGAGUCCUGGAACCAAGGAUGACGGCUUUAAGCUUACCUAUCUAGAGGGAAACAGCUGGUUAUGGAGCGUGGAUGGGGUGAACGUUUUGGUGGAUCCCAUCUUGGUUGGUAAUCUGGAUUUUGGC